GCGACAGUGCACACAAUCUCAUCACACUUAGGUCACACCGCGACUCCGCAGGCGGAUGCUCCAUCUCGCGUCGCCUCAGUUUAUAUUUGUUCUACUUACACAGAGGAGUGAGUCGAUAAUAAUUUAAAAGCCACGCUAUUUGUAUGCAUUAUGCAGAAACAAACAAAAAUGUUACAGUUUAGGAGAACAUUUGAGAAUGAACAGAUUCAGCUCCAGGAUCUGAACACGAGGCUAAGGCAAUACCUGUCCAGAGUGAAGGAGCUAGAGCAGGAUAACGCCCUGCUUAUGAAGGAGAUAAACACCAUCAGGCAGGACAAGACGGUGCAAUGGGAAAAACAAUAUCUGCCCGAAUUGAGGGAACUCAGGAGGGUGGUGAAUCAACUGACUUUAGAAAAGUACAAAGCAGAGAUGGAUCGAAAGAAGCUCGGACGAGAACUACAGGCGAUACAGGCGCUGUGUUGCGAGGAGACUGUGAUCAGCAGGGACAUCGAAGGCGAGCGGAAAGGCUGCGAGAUACAGCUACAGCAAGCGCUCAAGAAGAACGCCGCCCUGGAAGAGCACUUGCUCCAACUCGAGAACGAGUACAUGUGCCUGCAAGAUGCCCACAGACAAGACAUCUCCCACCUCCGCGACGAGGUGCAUUCGCGAGCACUGCCCAUUGUUAUCACUCAAAAUUACCAGGGACACCCCGCCGUAACCAUGGAAGAAAUCGAGGCGUACGGGCACAUGAUGUCCGAAAGUUUGAAUGAGAAUUUCGAGCUUUAUUGCCGCAGGAUCGAGGUCUUGGAAGACUCAAUCAAAGCUGACCAGGCAAACCUGGAAGAUCUGCAACGUGAAAAGACACAGUACGCUUCCGAGCUCAAGAAACUCCACGCGGAGGCUCACAAACAAAACAAGUUACAGUUGCACCUUGAGGAUCAACUCAUACAAUUGCAGGAUCAAUUUCAUCUGGAGGCAGACCGUUAUCAGGCCAUCAUCGGGGAGCUGGAGGACGAGCGCGAGCUGCUGGCCCACACCAUCGCUGAGAAGCUGAAGGAGUACCAGCAGCUCAUGCAGGUGAAGAUGGGCCUCGGCCUGGAGGUGGCCACUUACAGGGCCCUGCUGGAAGGAGAAAGAACAGAUCCCAUUCAGAAAAUGGAUCAAUAUGCAAGGGAGGCAUCUCGGAGAAUAGAUAUUAAGAUGCCGUCACAACCAUGGUCGACUACGACCAGGCAGGAAGUACAGAAACAGUACCCGCUCAGCACCGGUCCAGAGGCCCGGUACACAAACCUGGCAUCAAGCCUCAAGGCCUCGUUUGGAUCAACUAACAUGAGGUCCACCAGUCCUGCGAGGGUCAUCCCCAUCAGCACUCAUGCUAGGGAUCAGCGGAAUGCCCCUGUCAGGAGAGACAUUCCCUCCUUCACCAGGCCAUCACAGGCCACCACUAAUGUCCAAAAAACAACUGUGGAGGACAGAAGUGUGAGAACGAAAGAACCGCUACAAAAACCAGCAAAAGAUUCAACCAGUCUACGUCAGUCAGGCUUUGCAGCCAGGCCCAGUCCUGGACCUGCACUGACGAAGGGCAAAACAACCAUGGUCACGACUUCAACAGAAAGCACCGUUGUGGUGAAUGGAAAGGGGGAGAGCAAGCAUGAUUUGAGAGGACAUGAGGCUGUCAAGACAGAGGGCAAAGAAGAAAAGGAUGCAAACAAGGUUACUGUGAAAGAAUGGACGACUCCAGACCGGGAGAAUGUGAGGACCAGUAAUAUCCCGAAGAGGUCAGACGUGCAGAUUUCCGCCCCUGAGGAGGCAGGCUCAAGUGAAAGACUACCGGCCACCACGAGUGUCCAAAAAAUAAUUGUGGAAGAGCAAACCGUGAGAACAACAGAAGUGCUAAAAAAACCAACAAAGGAAUCAGCCAAUCAGCAUGAGCAAGGCUUCACAACAAGGCCCAGCCCUGAACCUGCACCGAUGAAGGAUGAAACAACCAUAGUAAUGUCUUCAACAGAAAGCACUGCUACGGUGGAUGCUAAGGGGGACAGCAAGCAUGACUUGAGAGGACCCAAGGUUGACAAGACAGAGGGCAGGAAAGAAAAGGGUGCAAACAAGGUCCAUUUGAAGGAAUGGACAACUCCAGACUGGGAGGACGUGAAGACUAGUAAUUUCCCAAAGAGGUCGGAAGUUCAGAGUGACAUUCCUGAGGAGGCAAGCCCAAGCGAAACACUACCAGCUGCCACUACUGUCCAAAAGACAAUCGUAGAAGAGAGAAUCGUGAGAACUAAAGAACCGCUACAUAACCUGGAGAAGGAUUCAGCCAGUCAAAGUCAGCCAGGCUUUGCGGCCAGCCCCAGUCCUGAACCUGCCCCGACGAAGGGCAAAACAACCGUGUUUACGACUUCAACGGAAAGCACCUUUGUGGUGAAUGGAAAGGGGGAGAGCAAGCGUGGUUUGAGAGGACACAAGAUUGACAAGACGGAGGGAAGGGACGAAAAUGAUGCAAAAAAGGACACUUGGAAGGAAUGGACGACUCCAGACUGGGAGGACUUGAGGACCACUAACAUCCCAGAGAGGGUGGAACUUCAGAGUGAUGAUCCUGAUGAGGCGGGCUCAAGCGAUGAAAAGAUGGUGGAUUACAUUUACAUGGAAGAGAUCAUUGAGAAGGUGAUGAGGCCUGCUGGUCUGGACACCAAGUUCAUAAACCCAUCACCUGACUCAAAGGUGGCCUAUCGUGUCGAGAAAACCGAGGACGAGGACGGGAAGACAAAGACCCAGAUCAUCCUGGAAUCAAGAGUGGAGGAAGACGUGGAUAUCACUGAUGACUCUGCUCUGCAGGAGCUCCUCGGCAAGGGGGUGAAGAAGGUUUCCCUGGAGGACAUCAAGGGAACCCCGACAGGGAGUGCGAUUGAGAACCUCCUCAGCCUGGGACACCAUGUAGGUGGCAGUGACCUCGAACACAAGUCUGUCAAUGUGGAGAUAAUUGAGGAACCAGCUGAAGAUCAUGGCGAUGAGGAGGGUGAGGCUAAUCCUGCACCAACGUUCCUCCAGCCCUCCUCCAUGUUCUUCCAGAUUGAAGAGCUGGACAAUGAUUCUCAUGGUGCCAAGCACCCGGGGGGCAAGACAGAGGUGAGUAAGCCCACCCCAACCGAGGACACUGAGUACCAAAAGGAGGGGUCAGUCUGGGUUAGGGAAGGUUACAGGGAGACUGAUGACCCCUUCUUCAGCCAUGCCCAGGAAACAGAGUACUUUGUCUCCACACCUGAUGACAGUAUCUCUGAGUCUGAAGAGGAACGUGGCAUUUCAUCCUAUGGACAUUACGGAGUGCUGGAUGACUUGUCGGACGAGAGGUACUACCAAGAGGUGCCCCCGAUCAAUCCCAGGUUCGAAGAGGACAAAGGGUACAAGUCGGGGCACAGGGGCUCCUACAUGACAAGCGAACUUGGCUUUGCUAAGGACCGCUUCCCAGAGUGCAUCAUUGAGGAGGAGGUGCAAGUCUCUCCCACAGUGCAGGAGUCAAUGCUGGACCAUCUGACAGAAGACUCCAUGGACCCAAAGCAACAACUGAGGGGAGACCUGGACAAACUCCAGGGGAAUGUUUUUGAGUCGCUGCAAGGUGAGCUGUCCCAUGCUACAAAGAAUGUCCCGGCGGGUCCUAAAAAACUGUCUGUAGAUGUGAAGAAAGUGCAGGAGGUCUCGGACAAUGGAACAGUGACCAUCACGGCGGAGCUCAGGGACCUGGAGUAUUCUGACUUGCUGGAGGACAGCGAGUCUGACAAACGGGUGCAGGCAUCAUCCCACCCGGGCCUCCAGCAUGCCACUGGCAGUAAAACAGUCCGAGAGUACGCAGUGAAAAUCAUCAGGGAUCAGGACGAAGAACCGCUAAGCAUGGCUCCAACAGUGGGUCUAGAUGGGCCAGGUCUGGAAGGCUUAUGUGGGGAGGAAUCUGCAAAUGACAUCCACAAAACUGAGAGGGUCAUCAAGCUGGGCCCCUCCGAGAGAUCUCUCACGUUCCAGAUGGACAUCGGGAACUUUGGCAGUGCCACAUCCCUGCCUGCCGAGGGCGGGGCACAGGAGUUCCAGCGUUUCUUUUCACAAAGCCUGGAGGCAGGGGGACCCAGUGGCGGAGAGGGCGUGUACACCUACGUGCGCAAAACGACUGUGAGCUAUGACCAGGGCGAUGAGCCCACCUACAGUCAUGGCCACGAGGGGGAGGCCAGGAAGUGGGAUGACCUCACGAAACAGCAGGUGGAAUAUGGCCAGGUGCUGCAGACCCAGUUUGUUGACCCCCAGCUGAAGGUCAACCAGGAGAAGAAAAUCGCCACAGUCUAUUUGGACAGUACUGAGGGUAAUUAGGUAAAACUUAGUUUAAAUAAAAUACAUUGCUUCAAUGUCCCCCAAACAAUGAAGUAAAACUCCAUAUGUUUAGUUAUUUUAUUUUAAUUAUGGUUAAUCUUCCAGAAGUUGUCCAGCAAAGAAUGGUUUAGUUUAGUUAUGGACAGUGAAUGUGGUAAUAUCACAUGUGAUAUGAGUAAUAAGUCAAAAGAAAAAAAAUAGCCAGCAUUCUGCAAUAAAAUGUGUUGUUUUCCUUUGCAAAUUUCUAUAAGCUGUAAUUGUUCUGCUGUGCAAAGUUUUAGAGAAGUCUUUCUUUUCUUCCUGCAAGAUAUUUUCUUUUCUCUUGUUCUUAAAUAUAUAUUUUUGUACUUCAUUUAGAGUUACUACUAAGCCUUAGUCUGUCACUGUACUGGU